UUUACCCUUGAUAGCUGCAGCACAUGAAUGCGUAAGGACAAUAUGCCUUGUCCAAAUGAGAAGCAGUUCCUUUAUCAGCUAAUCAUUAGUCAGUUGUAUUUCGAUGGUUUCAAGCCGCACGCCAGCUUGCUCGAGGAGUCAGUCCUAGAUACUCACCAGUCUGUACUUCCGUCCGAUAACCUUCGUGCACUGCUUGCUGCAUGUAGCAACACCAUCCGGACGGCUGAUGUCAUAUUUACAAACUGGAACAAAGCCAAGAAAUGUACAGAUAUGCCCGAGAUAUCAUCACAACCACUUGGGCAAUCCUUGCUGCAGCUCUACAGCAACUCCCUUCAACCGAACCCUAUCAAUAUAGUAUCUGCCCCAACAUACGAGACAGCCAAACCUGCUAAGCAGCCCAAGCGGCACCAGCAGACGGUACAGAGGCAGAUACACCAAGCCCAACAGCAGCAGAUAAAACAGAUCCAACAGCAACAACAACAACUCGCUCAGCAGCAUGUCUCCCAACAGGCUCCUAUCAUUAGUCUGCCUUCAUAUCACCUCUCCACAGAGACGCAACCUACCAGUCGAGCACAGCAACCGCCAACACACAGCACUCAGAUUACCAAACCUAAAGGUCCUACAAUCCCCUCUUCGCCCAUCACCCCCUCCUCUACUACUCCCAACCCUCCUGAAGCAGUGCCCAUUACCUCCCUCCCCACCUCUACUCCAAUGUGUCUCACCACAUUCUCAGAGUACACUAACGAGCUCAAUGAUGUCCUCCAGGUAUCUAGCGAGGUUCUCAACAUCACCAGCUCUCCCAAAAGUGGCAGCAAGGAUAACCCUGGGUCACCAAUAGAUGUCACCGCUUUUCUAAACGUCGAAACUUCCAGCAGCAAAUUCAACUCCACCCCACCCACCAUCAACACCUCCCCCAUAUCGAACCCUGAAACAAGGAUGUCAGAACCCAUGGAUAUCGACACAAUAUCCGAAACUCAGGAUUUACUGGACAAGCUGCAGAGUCUCUCCAGCAGCGGGGACCUCAGCGAGACCUCCAUACUGCAGAAGCUAAGCCCUUCCCAGAUAAAUCUAUUGACCUCCCACUUGGAGACGUCCCAGGCGAGCGCUACAAGCACCACUGCUAAAAUAGCCGCCCCGACAACCACGGUGGAGUCUUCAGCUGCAUCUGAUCUGGGGAGAAAGAACCUGCUGCAGACGAUUAAUGACUCGCAUGGCUUGCCCAUACAACAGUUCGAGGAUUUCAGUGAGGAGAACAAAGUUAACAAAUCAGAGGGGAUUAUAACUUUAGGAGGUGUGAACAAAGAGCCUCUGACGAUAGACUUGGAGGAUAUGUUAAACAACUCUGAACGUAAUUCAGACCAGGACACCGGUAAUAUGUCUGGAACUGAGUCAGAUCGUCUGGGUCUCCGCAAACCAACCAUAUCCUACCCUGCUAUGAUCGCCAUGGCGAUAUUGAACUCGGAGUCCAAACGGCUGUUGCUAGGUGAUAUCUAUAGGUUUAUCAUGGAUAAGUAUCCGUAUUAUAGACUGGAGGGCCAGGGCUGGCGGAAUAGCAUCAGGCAUAACCUCUCGUUAAAUGACUGUUUCAUGAAGGCUGGCCGGGCUGAGAGCGGCAAGGGCCACUACUGGACAGUCAGACCGGACAGUAUAAAGGAGUUUCAGAAUGGAGGAUACAGGCGGAGACUGCGCCGCACGUGCACGCGCGGCGGUUCUCUGAGCAUGUCCUCACAGCAGCGCACUGACGUCACUAUCGGAGGAGACAGGCCCCACAUUCUCCUCGGACCCUUCGUCAACACCCUAAAACAGGAGAUAUGCAGCCCCGCUGCCUCCCCCGGCAACAAAAUACCACAAACUGAAUCCGAACAAACUUAGUCACGUGACCUCAGUUACAACUUCAGUGUUGCUUGGGGAUGUGUCCGCUUGUUCAUACAUUCUUGUUGUUCGUGUAAGAGACAUGUUGUGGAU